GUUCCGUCCCGUUUGAAAGCGCCCGGCGGAGCUCCCCCGCCUGCCUUUUCCCGCCGCCCAGGGCUGAGGUGGCCGCUUUCGGCAUGGACCUGCCGCCCGCAGGAGCGGAGCCGAUGACCCUUGGUUCCCCGACAUCUCCAAAACCAGGAGCUAGUGCUCAGUUUCUUCCUGGUUUCUUGAUGGGCGACUUACCUGCACCAGUGACUCCCCAACCUCGUGCUUUAAGUGGCCCUUCAGUAGGUGUAAUGGAAACGAGGUCUCCUCUACUUGCAGGAGGAUCUCCCCCACAACCAGUAGUCCCUACACAUAAAGAUAAAGGUGGUGCUCCACCAGUUAGAAGCAUAUAUGAUGAAUUAUCUAGUCCUGGACUUGGAUCAACACCUCUAACCUCAAGAAGACCAGGUAGCUUUUCUCUAACACAGAGUCCAUUGGUUGGAACUAUGCCAUCAACUCCUGGAACAGCUUCAAGUAUGUUCAGUCCCACAAGUAUUGGACAGCCUAGGAAGACUACUCUAUCUCCUGCUCAGCUAGAUCCUUUUUAUACUCAGGGUGAUUCCCUGACUUCAGAAGAUCAACUUGAUGACACAUGGGUAACUGUAUUUGGAUUUCCUCAAGCAUCAGCUUCAUAUAUUCUUCUACAGUUUGCUCAGUAUGGAAAUAUAUUAAAGCAUGUGAUGUCCAACACAGGAAACUGGAUGCAUAUUCGAUAUCAGUCUAAGCUUCAAGCACGGAAAGCCUUAAGUAAAGAUGGAAGAAUUUUUGGUGAAUCUAUCAUGAUUGGUGUCAAGCCGUGUAUAGAUAAAAGUGUGAUGGAAAACUUUGAAAGAAGUUCUGCAUCUUCAAUGUCUUCAGUUUUCACUUCACCUACAAAAUCUGUUGGCACACCAGUGCAACCUGCAAAUAAUACUGCAAGAAUUUCUACAAUGAGACCUCUUGCAACAGCAUAUAAAGCUUCCACUAGUGACUAUCAGGUGGUUUCUGACAGACAAACUCCUAGGAAAGAUGAAAGUAUUGUAUCUAAAGCAAUGGAAUAUGUGUUCGGCUGGUAAUAUAGAAGAGGAAGUAACUCACUAAGUGGUCAGGGUUUGAAAUAUGCUACUGGCAUCAGUGGUUAGUUGUAUAACUACUGGUGGCAGUAUUUUAACUUACAUCUCACCUGUUAUGCCUUCAGUUAAUUCAGCACACAUGUAGCUUGCACUUUAAAUGAUGGCAAUGUACACACAGUUUUAAAAACUGAGGAAGCAUAAAUAUAAGUGCUUUUUUCCCAUUUGUGCUCUGAUUGCAUGAUUGUAGAAAAAAAUAUCAGCACUGACUUUUCCUCUGUAAUUACUUUCUGUGAAUUACUUCCCAGUAUGUUGGAGAUGUUUAAAAUGGCAGCUUCAUUUACUGAUGCCUUCAAUUUUACUGUGUUGUUUUUUUUUUUUUUUUUUUUGUCUGGAAAGAUGAUGGGCUACUUGCAGGAAAAACACUAUGCACAGCUGGCUCCCAGGGACAGGGACUGCUCUUAGUAUAUGUGACUUCAAUUUUUUUAUUAGGUUUCAUUGCUGUUUUAUAAUUCUCUGACAUUGUUCUAAAUGUUAUAGGAACAUUUUAACUCUUUGUUUUAUUAAUAAAGCAAAAUAAAGUUAAGUUUUUCUUAGGUUGGUUUUUAAACAAGUAUGGGGAAAAACUAUGUGCAGUACUCUUAACUGUUAAGGAUGAUGCUGCUUACUGUUUAGUUAAGUGUUAUCAGCAGAGCAAAUGCUGCUGAUUUUUUUCUGAAGUAGUAAUACCCAGUGUUAAAACUAGCUAAUGUUUAAAUGUCAUCUCCAUGGGUACUUUAUGGCAGUGUGUGCUUAACAUGUAACAAACUGUAGCAUUUUAAGCUAUAAAAUGUUGAGCUGAAAUAGUGGAAUAGAAAAAUGCAAUGUGUCGGUGACCAGAGCUGCUUUCAUUUUAAGUCUCUUCUAAGAAGUUUUCUCUAAGGUAUUGGCUGAAUGAUGAUUUAAAAAAAAAAAAAAAAAAUUGAACUUCCCCCAACCUUGAAGCUUUCUUUUGGAGGUGAGCCUCUCAAGUAAUCAUGUGUGUCAUGUAAGUUCAUAGUCUUUGAGGUAAAGGUCUCUUUCACCAGGGAAGAGAGCAAUUUUUUUCUCCAAUACUUGGGAAAUUACAUGCAACUAUUCCUUUUUUUGACUUUGUGGAUAUGUUAGUGUGGGUCAACAUCAGCGUCUUAGUUGGGGUCAACAGUGUGUUGGUCAGGUGAAUGCCCAGUCAUACCCAUUUCCAUGCUUUGCUUCAUGCUGCAGUGUGGUCUCAGAAGUUCUUCAGCUGCACUUCUCUGAUGAAAUUAGACUGAAAGAUUAGUCCAGGAGCAUGCCUCAUGUCCCUCAGAUGCUAAUGGACACCCAGUUUACAGGAUUAAGCUAGAGAUGGUCCUGAGGAAAAAUUCCCAGAGCCCUUAAUGAGAAGUUAGGUUUCUACCUCAGGGCACUUCAUGCUUCAUUGUUAUGCUUUAGAAGUCACCUACGUGUAGGCAGAUUUAGAGAUUUUUGACAUGUUUUAGUGUAAGUUCUGACUGAUGCUUUUGGAAUAUUGGUUGCUACUCAUCCAUUUCCUUUUGAUCAAAAGGAAUGGCUCAAGACUAAUUAAUAUCUGAAUGUUUUUUCUCAGUGCAUUGGACUUGGUGAAAAAUAUGAUGUAGAUGACUUCAGAAAGAAAAUAGGUAGUUGAGAUUAACUCUUGUGUUGCUAGUUGCUUUUCAAAAUACACUUCUGGUGUGCUUCAGGCUUGUAAUUAUGUGUAUAGGAUUUAGUUUAAUGAAGUGAUGAAUAAGAUUGAACUGGGAUUAAGUAAAUUUGAAGCCAAAUACAUAAAGAAGGAGUUAUAGACAAAGUCAGUAGUUUCCAGUGACUUAUUUUACCAAUAACUACCAAGUUUAGAACUGUGCUAAGUUGUGGGGGUUUUUUGUUUGUUUUUUGUUUUGUUUUCCCCAGCUGUUUACCUUAAUCUCUUGUUUCUUACAGCCUUAAGAAUGAUUUUACUAAUAGGUCAUUGCAGGUUCCUGUGGAGUAAAAGCACUUGGGAGUGGUGGAUGUUGUUUACUUUGCUCUGGGGGUAGUAAAUAGGAGGAGAAGAACAUUUAGAACAUAAAAAUCUGUGUAAUUCUGCACAGUAUCAUUAAGACAUUAUCUUCAUAUGGCUUCUGGUAAAGACUGCUGGCAAGACUUAAUGUGUGUUGUCUUAGUGUUGAGCAUUAAACCCUGGUAUCAGUGAUUUGGGCUUACGAAGUAUGAGAACAUUAGUCCCACACUGCACAAACCACUGCAUAGCUUCGUUGCAAUGUGUUCUCAGUAAUACUGUUAUUCAUUAUAUGAGUAUACAGGGGUCAUGUGUGAAAGGGCAGAGGAUACUGAGAAGUACAUGUGAGAAGAAUUUGAAACACUUGGAGGUCUUCAAGUAAACCUUUUCAAGGCUAGCUAAUGUUGCUAGGUAGCACUGCAUUUAAAAAUCCAAUUAUUCCUGUUCAGCUAUUUACCUGCUGUUUUGCUAUAAGGAAGGAUUCUCUUCUAGCAGUAGCUAGAUGUGAUUUACAUGAAAACCAAAGUUAUGGACUUCAGUUAGUGAUGUGUAAUAUAUGCAUGAAACUCAGUUCUGGUUUCAGUUGUAUGGGGUUUCUUGUAAGACUGCAAAUUACAUUUUUUUCAUUGGAUUAGGGCUUUAGUUUAAAAUAAAACUCGUGAUUACUUAUUUUCUGUUGUCUGCCUACAUCACACGCAUGUUACUCAGGGAUCUAAUUCACUUCUCUUAGUUUAUAGAUCUGCACAGUUUUAAAUUCUAGAAGGAUUUGUUGUAUUGUUUCAGCGGUAAUUUCAAUACAGUUUUAACAGGUAUUCUUUUGGUAAAGACUCUCUAUGACUUGAGAUGGCGUUUAUUUUUGUCCUACUUUUCCCCUCCCCUCCUCAACUUAGCUCUCUAGUAGCUUUCGAAGUAAGUGAUCCUUACUUGUGUAAGUCAUGUACACUAACAUAAAAUGAAGAUCAAAAGUUAGAGUACAUCAUGUCUGCCUUUCAUUUCAAGUUGUAGGCAUCUACCUCCACCAUGUGGCAGUCCUUCAGAACUUUAAUGACAGUUUUAACUGAUAUUGAAUGGCAUGCGGUGUGUUAAUUAUACUUCAGUUAGAAAGUACAUAAACGGUAGCAUAAGAAAAUAGCAGUGUUCAAAUGUCUCUUAGUUGAAGUGUUUUCAUAAUAAAGAAAGGACAAAUAUGAGUUUACUAAAUGUCUUAAUUAGUGAAUAAUUCAGACUUCUAAAUAUUGCUUCAAUGAAAUAGUUAUUAAGCUUUUAAAUAAAGUUUACCAGCAUUUACUCAUCUCUGUUUUGAGAUGGAUAAAUUGACCACAUGAUAUUUUAGCAGAAUAUACCACAAUAUCAGUUUUUUAUGAAAAUUACUGCCUUUUUUCUGGUAGUCUGAGUACAUGUGUAAAAGUACAAGACUUGCAUCAGUUUUCUUUAAUUUGACCUUAGGUGACUAGGCCACUGAUGAGUCUGGAAAAAUGUGCUGCUUAAGUAUGUUCAGAAUUAGUAAGCUGUUCAGUUAAGUGAGUGAAAACACAAUAAACUCGCUUACACACAACUUGGAAUCUGGAGUUGGUUUACUGAAUUUCAGACUCCAGGUAAAAAGGCUCUGGAAUAAACAUUUUAGACCUAUUUGUGGUAAUGCUUUGUUCUAAUUGUUUAGAUGAGUAAAAGGUGUUCUUUUGAUGUGGUGUGUCUUUCAGUAAGUAUUAAAGUACAAACAAAGUGUCAAGCUUCUGUUCGUGUUUACAAAUUAGAUCUCAGUUGUCAAAGUUGCCUUUAAAAAUGAAUGUAUAAUUAAUAACUUUGUAAAGUGUUUUUGGUGUUCUCCUAAGGAGUCCUUUGACUCAAGUAGAUUUCUGUAUAAUGCAUAUAAACUGUGCUUCCAUCAACAAAGUCAUAUUUUCCACUUUUCUGCAAGUAAACCUCAUGUUAAAAUCAUGAGCAUGGCUCAGAAGCUGUGAAUUCUUAUGUCCUACAUAAUGUCAUCAGAUGUCUUGAUUCUUCUUCGUGUUUGUACGUUUUGUAAGUGAACUUUCAGUUUAGAGAGUUUAUUGCUGAGGUAAGAAGAUGCAGUUAAAGUGAUCCUCCAAAUCUGGUCUCUGUAGAUGAAGUGCUGUUUUUUGUUCGUUGUAGCCCUUUUGGGUGUCAAGUUGGAGACUCUUCUGAUUAGAAACAUGAAAGUACGGAAUUUA